UACGGCGAUGGGCAGAUUGGUGUAUAUGAAUGAGCUGCUCCCAUAAUUUUUAAUAAGUAAUUGAAAACAAGCCCGACUGUACUCUUUUGAACAUUAGUAUUUUCUCGACACAGGGCUCAACCAAGCUCCAUAUCCUGGACAAUUAGACAACGAAAUGUCGAUUUUCCGGUCAUUUGUUGUGGUUUGUUUUGCCAUGAUGAUGGUGCAGCUGCUGACGCUGUCAACAGUGCAAGGUGUGAGAACCACAGCAACCGUUUACUACAAUGGCGGUAAGUUCUCUUACAAGGUUGGUGUGCUGGACAAGUCAGGUGUGGCUUAUGGAGCCUUCAACGACACCACAGACACCACUGGAUGGGGGGUACUUGAUGUCAAGUUUGGUCCGACGUCUUCGUACCAGGAAGACCUGAUCAGGAUGAAGGCAGCGGGGAUGCUAGAAGGCAUUCUAACCAGCCAGCGCAUAUACCAGAGUUACGUCAACAUGGCCAAGUUUUUUAUUGAGAGUCAAUCCGCAGAAUUUAAGACGAUGUUGUCCAGCUUCUUGAAAAAGCAAGACAAGUGGACCCGCCAGAUGAUAGACAAGAAACAGAGUGAUCCAUUUUGGCAAGGAGUUGGCCUCAUUAUUGCCCAGUUUGAUGGGCUUGUCGCUGGCUACAACCUGGUACCCUACCAAAAUAAGUCCUUGGACUUGCUAGCAUUGUCUUUUCUAAACAAUCUUGGAGAUGUACUAGACCUUCAGCAUGCACUGGAUCCAUCCAGCUUCCCUAACUCGGAGAAAGAUGAUCCUAAGUCAGAGAGCAAGAAUAGAUUUUAUGGACUAAACAACCACUGCUCAGCUCUUAUAAAGGCUCUCCCGGGAUUUGAAGACGUCCUAAUGUCACAUUCAUCUUGGUUUACUUAUAGCGCCAUGCUACGUAUCUACAAACACUACAGCUUUGAUUUAUCCUUCAGUUAUGCUGCAGCCAAGAGAAUGUCCUUUUCUAGUUACCCAGGGAUGCUGGAAUCAUUAGAUGAUUUUUAUUUACUGAGCAGCAGCAUGGUAAUGUUACAAACUACCAAUAAUGUCUUCAACCAGACUCUUUACGACUUGGUGACGCCAUACACCCUGCCUGCCUGGGUACGAGUCAGGGUAGCUAACCUAAUGGCCAAUAGCGGCUCCCAAUGGGGGCAGAUUGUAGGCAGGUAUAAUUCUGGAACGUACAACAAUCAGUACAUGGUUAUAGACAAAAAGCGUAUAUCAGGUGAAUUGCUUGACGGGACACUGACUGUUGUUGAGCAGAUCCCAGGACUGGUGAAGACGGGGGACCAGACAGCAAUACUUCGAGCAGGUUAUUGGCCAUCAUACAAUGUACCAUUCUAUGAGGAGAUCUACACUUUGAGUGGCUACCCUGCCAUGAAGGCUAAAAAGGGAAACUUAUACUCCUAUCAGCUGACGCCAAGGGCCGAGAUAUUCAGACGAGACAACGGAAACGUCAAAGAUAUGGACUCCUUGAUGAAUGUCAUGAGAUACAAUGACUAUCUCCAUGAUCCCUACUCUGAAAAGAAUCCAGCCUUCACCAUCUGUUCUCGUUAUGAUCUAGAACCAUCAGCUCCUUUUGAUGGUGGCUGCACUGAUACAAAGGCAACUAAUCUAGGCAUGUCAGAAACGAUGUCGGCACUUGCUAUAAAUGGACCUACAACCAGCCAUGGACUUCCCAUUUUCAAAUGGACCAAGGAGUUUAAUAUAAGUCAUAUAGGACUCCCAGAAUCUUAUAACUUUGAUGUUGUGCUGAUGAAGCCGAGCUUGUAAAAAGUAGUUAUGAUCGAAGUGUAGUCCAGGCGUUGAACUUGGGUCUGAAAGGGGCACAGUAAUUUUUAUCUGGUAAAGGUUACUUCUUUGAGGAAAAUGUUAAUUUGUAUCGAACUUUGCAAAGAGCACCAAAGCAAAAGCACAGGGUACCACAGCGGGUGCUACAAGUUAUUUCAAGGCCUGGGGACAUGUCGCGGCCAAGCGUUCUAGGGCAGUGGACUCAAACUCUGUAAUUUAUGGAAUAUGGGUUCGAACCCUGGCAUCAUGUUCAGUCAAAGUCUGGACACUUGUGUCCUUCAGUAAACAUAAUUGCAUCUCUCCACCCAGGAGUAAAAAUGGGUACCAGUGAGAACUGGGGAGUAACCUGCGAUGGACUGGCAUCCAGCCUGUCUAGGGGGAAUAGAAAUAUUCCCGGUCGUGUAAUGCCAAUGAAAUGCGAUAUAAACACCGGCCUGAUGAGCCAUAUUGGCUCGGGACAGACUUUGCUAUGAUCAAAAGGCACAAUAUGUUUUCACCAGUAUAAAUUGCCAACAUCACUAUCAAUCGACUACAAAUUGAUGUACUUGAUGCACCUGUUCCCACAAGGAUUGUUUGGCUGUUUGAUUUUAACUCGCAAAUUGUUCGAUCCUUUCCUUUUUUCUCUGUUUCAUCACAAACUUCUGUGGUCUUGCUGAAAUGGCGGUAUUUUAAACAUUUUUGUUUUUUAUUGUAUUGUUUUUCUGGUACGCAGAGCAACCACCCUUGUUUACAGGUUUCCUCAAGCUUGUGAGCUACAGUGAUUAAGUUCACUCAUAAGCAUCCAGGUUUUAAUACUAGAAAUAAAUAUACAGUAAUAAUAAUAAAAAGUAAUCUCAUGUGAAGUUCAAUAUUGUAAACGACAAUUUUAUGUAAAAGGCUUUGAGUAUUUUGAAACAUUUACUUUGUUAAUUACUGUAUUUUUCUAUAACCAAGUGUACUUUUUUUAUUUUUAUGACAGAUUACAAGUUCAUUUAUAUCGAGUGGUAUUAAAAUAAUUUGUAAGUGGAUUGCCUUUCUAGGGUGUGUUUUUAACAGCAUUUUGAGUGAACUGUGAAGGAAAAAGAUCUUUCCUUUGUAUUAAUUUCGGUCAAUUGUGGAUUCCAAUAUAUGGCCAAGAACUUAUAACUCAUCAUGAAUUUAAAGGCAGGGUAUACUUUUUGUAUUCAAUUUCAUUGACCAGUACAUGUAUGCUCUCUGUGGUCAAUUCUAACAAUGUUUCAUAUCAAAAGCUAUCCAGUGCUCUUAAUCAAGCUUUUAUGCUAAAAUGUGUGGAAUAAUUACCAAAAGAUACACCCUGCCAAAGUAAGAUUGAUUUCUGUGUGUAAACUAUUAUUUUACUUCAGCCUUAAAAAUGUUUAUCUUUUUAAAUUUUAUUUUUGUAAUACGACUUGUUCAGAUUUGCAUCAUGUGAAUAAAAUGUGCUCAUCAGACAUCUUGGAAGGCUUA